UUCAAAACACAACCCUGAAGUGUCUGUUUGUUGUUAAAAAGACUGUUUAAAGGGCUAACGCUUGUCACAUUUCACUAUCUUACCACUACACUUACUUAAGCACCAUGGUAUAAGGACCGAUUAGGACCCAUUUCAUUUCAGACCUUACUAGACAUCAAACUAACAAGUGUAUGGUGAAACUUUACGAAGCCAACAGAGAGAGGUUUAACUCCCCGUGAACUUUCCGGAGAAACAAUUGUCUAAGAGAAUAUGGACUACCUGCCGCAUGAUAACUCCAGGUACAAAGACGUUGACUACUGGGAUGAAAGAUACAAGACGGAGCAGUGUUAUGACUGGUUGGGAGGAUUUUCCAAAUUCAAGCACCUUCUGGAAAAACACGUGAAGCAGGAAGACUCUAUACUAAUACUUGGUUGUGGAAACAGCAGUAUGAGUGGUGACAUGUACACUGCCGGUUACCACUCCAUCACCAACAUAGACUACUCCUCUGUUUGCAUCAGUACAAUGAGUUCCAGGUACAGCAGCUGCCCGGGAAUGACCUGGCAACAGAUGGACGUGCGCCAGCUCUCCCAUCCUGAUGCGUCCUUUGAUGUCAUCCUAGAAAAGGCCACGCUGGACGCCAUCAUGGUGGAAGAGAAGUCACCUUGGGAGGUUUCCCCUGACACCGCCUGUUUCAUUCACCAAGCACUCACAGAGAUUAGUCGCUGCUUGAAACCAGGAGGACGGUUUGUCUCUGUAACGUUUGCCAAUCCACUCUUCAGGAAACGCCUGUACGCUCGCACAGAGUAUAACUGGUCGAUUAAGAAGUACAGUUAUGGGGAAGGCUUUGAAUAUUUUUUGUACGUAAUGACCAAAGGAGAGGAACUCAGUCCAGAAGAUGCAGCUCUGGAGAAGAAGUUACUGGAGGGCACAACGGCCCCACCUCCGAUGAACGCCAAUAAGGAUGAGGAAGACUUCCUGUCUAAUAUUGACUUAACAUGACUGGAUUUUCGAAAACAAUUUUAAUGUGCAGUUGUUACAUGCCCAAAGAAGAACUGGAGUAAGAAACAUUUUAAACUGUGGAGAAAAUAUGAGACUUUUUACAUAAACAAAAAGGGUCUCUUUACAUUUAGGGAUUGGACAAAAUGGAAAUCCCAAAUCAAACCAACUAAUGAAACAAAGGUUAUUCUAAAUAACAGCAUCUUUUGGAAAGCCAAAACCCAACUUGCUUUUAAAUAAAUGAACUGUAGUACAGUGGUGGAACUAGCAAACGAUGAGGUGUUUUUAACAAAAAGUCCCUUUCAUGUGAAAAUAUAGACUUCAAUAUGUACCCCCUUUUUUUUAACAACAUCAGUUUUUCACAAACACAAUAUUUCCAACAUUCAUGACAAAAAGUUGCAAACCCCACCAGGUGGUAUUCCUCAAUGAAUAAACAAACAUAUGCCAGAAAGAUAAAUAAAUAAAAUAUAUAAGUAAAACAAACCAAAUCAAUAAAAUAAGGAAUAGACCAAAAUAAUGAUGAUAAUAAACAGUAAAAAUACACAGAUACAAUAAAACAUCACACACAUAACCCAAACAAAACAUUUUAGUUGAUGCUAUUCUUAUUGCCAGCCUUCUAAACCCAUAGUGUGACAAGGUAGGUAACAACUCCCAAGCCCACAAUCAAGGACCACAGAGGGCCACUAUACAGAAAAGGUAACAAAUACAGAUCAACAUCAACUUAAAACACAACAUAUUGUGAACAGAGACUCAAUAUUUUUGCUUUAAGUCUGCCCUUAUAUAAAGCUCCCUGUUGGCAUUUGAGUUAUCCAAACAUACAAAUUGUUUUCCACAUGUUUUUAUAUGAUUUUAUGUUUUUAAUUGAGAUUAUAAUGGGAUUUUUUGUAGUCCUGUUAACUCAUCACAUCAUGGAUCUUUCAUCAGCUUCUUUCCUAAUGAUGUUUAUAAUAAAACAAAUCAAUUUUC